UUGGCGCUAAAGUCACUUGACAACAAUAUAUGUUAUUAAAAUUCUAACCGCAUUUGAAUUUGCUAAGAAAAGUAGAAAUUUAUAUUUAAAAGUAACUAAUUAAAAAGCGGUAAUAAUAAAAUUUAGUCAAACUGUUUGUUCUUUGAACAAACAUGUUUUUCGUGCUUCAAUAGUAUAUUCGUUCAUUUGUUAAUUAUAUUGUUAUGUUUGAGUUCCUAAUUAUUGGCGUAUAUUUGAAUUUUUCAAGCUUGUGAUUAAAUUAUGUCUCUUCAGUUAAGUUAUCAGCCAAACUACUACUCAAUAGACGAUAUUUUAGCCUCACAAGAAAGAGUGCCAUGCAAGGUUUUACAAAAUGUGCUUGGAAUGGGCAAGUUAAACCCAUCAGCUGAAGACAAAGAUGUUAAAGCAGGCACUGAACUAGAACUUCCCGUCUGGUUAGUAGCAUCAGAUUGCUCAAUUGGGAGACAACCCAUCUUUGCCCCUGAGUUACCGAAAAUUUACAAAGAAGCUUAUAGAGAAAUUCUCAAAGCUGACGCAACCGCCGUUGAUUUACACAAGUUCAACGUAUACUUUUAUGAAUUAGGAGCAUAUGUUAAACAAUUUGAUAGAAAAGACGAUGUUCAUGCCAUUUUGUUACAUACGUUUACAACAAGAUUUCGUUUAAUUAUGGAUCUUGCCCAUAAUUCCGAAUCUAAUCCUACCGUAGAACAGAAGUUAGACAUGUUAGAAAGGAGAAUUUAUAGAGUUGGUCACUCAGCCCGUGUGAAAUUAAACAGCUGGUUAUUAGAAAGUGGUGUUCAAUUGCAAGCCGCAAAUAUGGUGACAAAUCACAGGAAAAGGAAAAGAGUUGAUGAUGAUUUAUUUAAUUAAAAUAUUAGUGCUAUUGUUGAUUAUCCAGUAACGUACAAUUUUAUCAUAAGUGUUAUCAAAUUUCCUUUUUUUUGUAAACGUUUUAGUACAUAUUUUUGAAGAAAGAAGCAUUUUUAAUUGUGUCGAAUUUAUCUUUUCGAGGAAAUAUACACAUUGGCGUAGAGAGCGUCUUCAAA